AUGGCUCUAAGUUCAAAGAACAAACUAUGCUUCGUAGAUGGUUCCAUGAAGAUACCUUCGAGAUCUGAUGAGAACUACUCAGAUUGGGAGCGAUGCAAUAACACUGUUCUAGGCUGGAUCCAAAGAUCAAUUGAUGCUUCCAUUGCACAAUCGAUUUUAUGGAUUGACUAUGCUAAAGAUGCUUGGAAUGAUCUUAAGGAUAGGUUCUCCCAGGCUGACAUAUUCCGGAUUUCAGAUUUGCAAGAUGAUAUUUGCAAACUGGAACAAGGAGACAGAUCAGUGGCUCAGUAUUUCACUGAAUUGAAGAUUCUAUGGGAUGAAGUUGAUAAUCUGAUUCCUCUUCCAAGAUGCACAUGUCAGGUACAGUGUUCUUGUGGUGGUUAUAACAUAAUGCGAAAAAUCAGAGAUAGAGACUGUGUGAUUAGAUUUCUUAAGGGGCUGAAUGAUCAAUAUGAACAUAUUAGUUCCAAAAUUAUGUUAGUUGAUCCACUUCCUGUUGUGAACAAAGCCUUUUCCAUGAUAAUCCAACAAGAAAGAAAGUUAAGUGGAACUGCUCCAAAUCAUGCUGCAGACACUACUCGAGCUUUCACUUAUGCAUCUGCAUCCAAGAAUGCUACAAACACAGAAAAAGGAAAGGCUACCUUCAAUAAAGGAAGUAACAAUGCAAGAGGAAAAGGACAACAAUACUGUACUCAUUGUAAAAUGACAAAUCACACAAUUGAGAGCUGCUACUUCAAGCAUGGAUUUCCUCCUGGUUAUAAGUCAAGAAGGAGUGUAAAUCAGAUAGCUACUUCUGGAAAUGGUUCUUAA